AUGAAUCCAAACAAUCCCCCAUCUUCAAAUUCUCAAAACUCAAACCCUCAUUUUCCAUAUCCAUAUCCAAAUUCCUACUUUCCAAACACACAAAAUUUUAAUUUUAAUUCUCAAAUCCCGAAUUCUCAAUACCAAAUUCCAAAUUCUCAGAAUUCUCAAUUUCCAUUUCCGUAUCCUCAAAAUUCUCCUUAUCAAUUUCCAUUUUCCCAAUUUUUAAAUCCACAAUUUGAAACUCAACAAACACCUAUCAAUAUUCAAAAUUCUCCACAUUCACAAGUACCUCCAUUUGGUAACACAAAUAUUAUUGAUUUAAAUGAUGAUUGCGACGAAAUUGAAGAUGUACGAGAAGCGCUUGGUCAGUGGAAGUGGGUUGAAGAUAAACUCCUAAUAAGUGCAUGGUUGAAUGUGUCGAUUGAUCCACUUAUCGGUACUGAUCAAAAAGCCGAAGCAUUUUGGGACCGAAUUCAUCAAUAUUGUGAAGAAGAUAAUCCCGGCGUCAUCAAAAGAGGAGUUGUGGCUAUGAAGAAAAGGUGGUCCAGAAUAAAUGAAGGUGCUCAGAAAUUUGGUUCGUGUUAUGAUGAGGCUCAACGAGUAGUUGGGAGUGGUUCGAACUUGGAUGACGUUAUUGAGCAAGCUCAUGUACUUCAUUUAGCUAAGUACAAAAAGAAGUCUAACUUUGACAAUCACUGGCGUGAGCUUCGUAGACAACCCAAGUGGAGAACUCCUGUAAGCAGUGCAAGUUCUAAAAGAACUAAAUUAAGUGAUUCCGGACAUUACUCCUCGUCAGGAAAUAACGAUACACCAACAAAUGAGAAUAUUGCUGAAUCUCCGGUUCGUCCUAAAGGUACAAAAGCGACAAAAAGGAAAGGAAAAGGGAAGGCAAAAGUAGCAGAAGCAUUUGAAGAGUAUGAAGACAUACGGGUAAAUGCCUGUAGAAAAUUGGACCUGAUGCAGGCAUUAAACGAAACUCGUCAAAAAGAGCUUGAGGCAAAGCAAACAGAGUUAGAUUUACAAGUGAUUUUGGCAGAUACUAGUAAAAUGACUGAUGCUCAACGGAAGAUGCAUUCAAAAAUGCUUGAUAAAAUCAUGGCAAGAAGCUAG